AUGAAGCUCAUCGACUGUGGCAGCACUGAUCUCAGUAAAAGAGAUUCACAGCACCGGCAAAGAAGGCGACCACUGAUGCUGAAGAGCCUCCUCCUAGUGGCUCUCAUUGCUGUGCAAGUUCAAAUUAGCGCCAGUGAUGAACACGAUCAUAUUUACGAUGACAACGACGAAGUGGUGUUGUGGAUGAACACUGUCGGACCGUACCACAACCGACAGGAAACGUACAGCUACUUUUCACUGCCCUUCUGUGCCGGCAAAAAAAUGGGCAUUAGUCAUUACCAUGAGACGCUUGGCGAGGCGCUGCAAGGCGUCGAGCUGGAGUUCAGUGGCCUCGCUAUAGAGUUUAAAGCUAAUAUCGACACUGUAAAGUACUGCGAAGUGAAGCUCACCAAGGAAAAGCUGCAGGCUUUUGAGUUUGCCGUGCGCAACUACUAUUUCUAUCAGGCGUACAUCGAUGAGCUGCCAAUCAUGGGCAGUGUGGGCGAGCUGGACGAGUCAGACAACUCUGCCUACCUGUGGACGCACCGAAAGUUCGACAUGGGCUUCAACGGCAAGCAGAUUGUCGACGUGAACAUGACUAGCGAGAAAAAGGUGAAACUGGAGCUGGGUGCGAUCAUCAACUUCACCUACGAGGUGAACUGGAAGCCGUCGCCGGUGCAGUUUGCCGAUCGUUUUGACAAGUACCUCGAUCCCAACUUCUUUCAGCAUCGAAUUCACUGGUUCAGCAUCUUCAACUCCUUUAUGAUGGUCAUCUUCCUCGUCGGUCUGGUGACGAUGAUUCUCAUGCGUACGCUGCGCAAGGAUUAUGCCCGGUACAAUCGAGACGAGGAGAUGGAUGACAUGGACCGAGACCUGGGUGAUGAGUACGGCUGGAAGCAGGUUCAUGGAGACGUCUUCCGUCCGCCCGCCUAUCCCAUGGCCUUCAGUAUUCUCAUUGGCACUGGCUGGCACAUUGGCAUAGUCACCUUUCUUGUCAUUUGCUUCCAGAUUAUGGGUGAUCUGUACACUAGUCGAGGCUCUAUGCUCAGCACUUCAAUUUUCGCUUACGCUGCAACCGCUCCCGUGAAUGGCUACUUUGGUGGGUCACUGUACGCGCAGACGGGUGGAAAGCGAUGGAUCAAGCAGAUGUUCCUCAGUGCAUUCGCCUUCCCGACGAUGGUCUGCGGAACGGCGUUCUUCAUCAACUUUAUCUCCAUCUACUACCACGCUUCAAGAGCGAUACAGUUCACCACUAUGCUUGCCAUCGCCAGCAUUUGUCUGUUCAUCAUACUCCCGCUGACGCUGGUGGGCACAGUGCUGGGCCGCAACGUCAGCGGCGCUGCGAACAAUCCCUGCCGUGUGAAUGCCGUCCCGCGGCCAAUUCCGGAGAAGAAGUGGUUCAUGGAGCCGCUGGUCAUUGUCCUCCUCGGUGGCAUCCUUCCCUUUGGCAGCAUAUUCAUCGAGAUGUACUUUAUCUUCACCUCCUUUUGGGCCUACAAAAUCUACUACGUUUACGGCUUCAUGAUGCUGGUUUUCCUCAUUCUCACGGCGGUGACCAGCUGCGUGACAAUUGUUUGCACCUACUUUCUACUCAACGCAGAGGACUACCGAUGGCAAUGGACAAGCUUCAUGGCGGGUGCCUCAACUGCUGGCUACGUGUACCUCUACUCCUUUUACUACUUUUUCUUUAAAACGAAAAUGUACGGCCUAUUUCAGACAGUCUUUUACUUUGGUAACAUGGCCCUCUUCAGUGCUGCUCUUGGUAUUAUGUGUGGAACCUUUGGCUACAUCGGCACUCGUGCUUUUGUGAGGAAAAUCUAUUCGACUGUAAAGAUUGACUAA